CAUUCCACGUCCUCCCACCUUUGCAAAACCGAGGAUUUUGGCCCGUAAAGGUCUCUGCUCUCACGUAUCCUCUCUCUCGAGGUCCACAAGCUUGUUUAUACAAACGCUCACUCUCCCAUCCGUCUGAUUUUCCACGGUCUGCAUCAUUAAGUUGGUGAAGCGUGUAGCUUACCGCUUUGGGACCGCACAAUCAGCACUCAAUCCGGGCUCAAUCCCUGUUAGGUAAUUCAUGAAGUCCGGGGCGGCUUAGUUUCUUCUAUCAUCUUUGUCUUCAUAGAGUCAAAAAGUCAAUUGCCUCGCUCCAUCAUGGCCGCAACGCAAACUCACCUGCCGGACCCUACGGCGGAUCUACAUUGGUCUGCUUUCCGGGGAGCAAUCCAAGAUAUCUUCGCCACCAAUGCGGAAGCACACCCAGACCGGCUAUGUGUAGUCGAGACGGCUUCAGGUUCGUCUCCCCGGCGGGAAUUCACGUACCGUCAAAUCAAUGAGGCCUCAAAUAUCCUGGCCCACCAUCUGGUGCAGAGCGGUAUCCAGCGUGGGGAGGUGGUGAUGUCUUACAGCCAUCGUGGUGUCGAUCUGGUUGUCACCGUCAUGGGCAUCUUGAAGGCUGGAGCAGUGUUUUCGGUUAUUGACCCUUCAUACCCACCUGACCGACAAAAUAUCUACCUUGAUGUGGCUAGACCGAGAGCCUUGGUGGUUAUUGAAAAGGCAACGAGAGAAGCUGGUCAACUGACUGGAAAGGUUCGAAAUUUCAUCAAGGAGAACUUGAACCUGCGGACCGAGGUCCCCGGCUUGGAACUUAAGGACGAUGGCACUCUUGUCGGGGGAAACCUUGACGGAAAGGACGUUCUGAGAGACCAGCAGUCUUUGAAGGCCAAAGGGCCUGGUAUUGUGGUCGGACCAGAUUCAACACCCACCCUGUCAUUUACAUCUGGGUCUGAAGGGCGGCCGAAAGGUGUCCGAGGACGACAUUAUUCACUUGCUUACUACUUCGAUUGGAUGGCACAGAGAUUCAACCUGACCAAGAACGACAAGUUCACAAUGCUGAGCGGAAUUGCCCAUGAUCCCAUUCAGAGAGAUAUCUUCACUCCGCUUUUCUUGGGCGCUCAAUUACUGGUCCCUUCAAAGGAUGAUAUUCAGCAUGAAAGGCUUGCCGAAUGGAUGAGAGAACAUGGUGCUACUGUCACUCACUUGACUCCUGCCAUGGGUCAGAUCUUAGUCGGUGGAGCUAGUGCUAAAUUCCCUGCACUUCAUCAUGCUUUCUUCGUCGGGGAUAUCCUAAUCAAGCGGGACUGCAGAGCUUUGCAAGGGCUGGCCGACAACGUCUUUAUAGUCAAUAUGUAUGGCACGACUGAAACGCAACGAGCAGUCAGCUACUACGAGAUCCCUAGUAAAUCUUCCGAUGAGCAUUACCUCGAGAAGAUGGGCAAUAUCAUCCCUGCUGGCAAGGGAAUGAAGGAUGUGCAAUUGCUCAUUGUUGACCGAGAGAAUCGCAAUCGGAUCUGCGAUGUUGGCGAAAUUGGUGAGAUCUACGUUCGUGCCGCGGGUCUGGCCGAAGGCUAUCUUGGAAAUGACGAGCUCACCAAGACCAAAUUCGUGGAUAGCUGGUUUGUGGACAACUCCCGGUGGGUGGAGGAGGACAAGAAAAUUGCAAAGCCUCUCUCUGAGGAACCAUGGAGAGAAUUUUACAAGGGACCAAGAGAUCGCAUGUACCGAUCCGGUGACUUGGGUCGAUAUAUGCCUAGCGGGGAUGUUGAGUGUGUUGGGCGAGCUGACGACCAAGUCAAGAUCCGUGGCUUUAGAAUUGAGCUUGGUGAGAUUGACAAGUAUCUCUCUGAUCACGAGAUGGUCCUCGACAAUGUUACGUUGGUCCGAAGGAACAAGGAUGAGGAGCAAACACUUGUUAGCUACAUUGUGCCUGACAUGCGGAGAUGGCCGGAAUGGUUGAAGGAGAAUAAUGUGAAGGAUGAUACUUCUGGCGAGGGAAUGCAAGGCAGGCUUCGACGAUUCUGGCCAUUGGGAGACGAUAUCAAGAAGUACUUGAGAACCAAGCUUCCCACAUAUGCAAUUCCUGAAGUCAUCAUUCCCCUGGAGAAAUUCCCACUCAAUCCGAACGGCAAGAAAGACAAGCCAGCUCUUCCAUUCCCUGACGCUGCACAAUUGGCAGCCGCAAGACCGAAGGGCGCUUUAGUGGACCUUUCCGAUACCGAAAAGGAGGUUGCAAGUAUCUGGGGUUCCUUAAUCCCGACCAUCGACGAGCGCACCAUCAGCCCAGAUGAUUCGUUCUUCGAUAUUGGAGGCCACAGUAUUCUGGCUCAACAAAUGCUAUUCAAGGUCAACCGCAAAUGGACUGGUCUCAAUAUCAACAUGAGUGUUGUCUUCCAAAAUUCAAGCCUCAAGGCUUUUGCCGCUCAGAUCGACCGGAGGCUUUCAGGCGCCAAUGGCGAAGUUAAUGGGCAUGCGGAUGCGGCUGAGGACUAUGCAUCAGAUGCGAAGAUACUACUCAAAAAUGUCCCCGCAAGCUUUCCAUCCGCCGAUGAGAAGAUAUCACCGUCUACUCCUCUCACCGUCUUCCUCACAGGGGCCACUGGUUUCCUCGGCGCCUAUAUUCUCUCUGACCUCUUAACUCGCACUUCACCACCCAUCAAAGUGAUCGCUCACGUGCGAGCUCUCGACUCUGCUGCGGCACUUGAUCGAGUGAUUCAAACCUGUGAGGCCUAUGGUGUCUGGGAUCCUUCAUGGGCCUCUCGAAUCACCUGCGUGACGGGCAAUCUCGGCGACCCGCGCCUAGGUCUCUCUGAAUCUACCUGGAACCAAAUCUCUCAGGAAGCGAACAUCAUUAUACACAAUGGCGCCCUCGUCCACUGGGUCUACCCCUAUUCCAACCUCAAACCAGCAAACGUUCAAGGGACGCUCGACAUCCUUGCUCUUUGCGCAACCGGAAUACCGAAGCGUCUUGCCUUCGUCUCAUCUACUUCUGUGCUCGACACACCGUACUACGUCAAGCUGUCCGCAGACUCGGUCGCUCAAGGCGGUAAUGGCGUUUCCGAGGACGAUGAUCUGUCGGGUAGCACUACCGGUCUGGGGACCGGAUACGGGCAGUCCAAAUGGGUGGCUGAACAUCUCGUCCGCGCCGCUGGUUCCCGUGGCCUCCGCGGUACGAUUAUCCGACCCGGAUAUGUGACCGGGCACAAGACAUCCGGUGUCACCAACACGGAUGAUUUCCUGAUCCGGAUGGCGAAGGGAUGUAUCCAACUUGGCUGCCGACCCAGGAUCGCGAACACUGUUAACCAGGUCCCCGUCGACCAUGUCGCGAGGGUCGUCGUAGCUUCAGCACUGAACCCGCCGAAGACGCCGUUAGCUGUGGCCCAGGUCACGAGCCACCCAAGAUUGACAUUUAGCCAGUACCUCGCCACGCUGCAGACGUAUGGCUACGAUGUUCCAGAAGUCGAGUAUGCGGAGUGGAAGAAGAAGCUGGAGGAGUACGCCGCGACCGAGGGGAAAGAACAACAUGCUCUGAUGCCCCUCUACCACUUCGCCACGACCGACCUCCCCGGCGACACGAUCGCUCCGGAGAUGGACGACACCAACGCGGCGACGGCGCUGCGCGCGGACCAGGAGUUCACGGGCGAGGAUCUCUCGGCCGGCGGCCGCGUCGACGAGGAGAUCAUGGGCAAGUACAUCUCGUACCUGCUGGGGGUCGGCUUCCUGGAAGCGCCCACGGGUCCCGGAAAGAAGAGGAUCCCAGAGCUCACCAUCAGCGCCGCGCAGAAAGCGGCAUUGCUCAGGGUCGGUGGAAGAGGUGCGUUGGUGUAAGGAAAAUGCAAAGAAAGAAAGAAAGAAAGAAGGUAAAAACGAUCAAAGUUAAAACAAAACAAAACGGGG